UGUAAAUGUUACAUAUAUGUGGAGCUGAUAUCUUAUGUCACUAAAAGCUCAAAACAUCUGAUUCACUUUCUCAGUUCUUUGUGCUGAAUCUGAUGGAAGGAAGCUGUAAACUGAAUGAGGCAGAUGUUCAGGCUCAGCUGGAGUGGAUCUAUGAGCAGACGCUGAGCACUGAGCAGAAGCAGCCGGACGUGGGACUGCUGACCACCGAGGGCCGGACGGACUGGGCCCAGGCCAGAGACCAGCUGAUCAAAGAUCCAGUGAACAGAAAGUCUCUGGAGCUGAUGGAGCGCUGCGUGUGCGUCGUCUGUCUGGACGAUCCUUCGGGACUCGAACCCAGCAACACCAACAGAGCUGCCCUGGUGCUCCACGGAGGAGGACGCGAUAAAAAUGGGUCGAACCGCUGGUACGACAAACCUCUGCAGUUUGUGAUCGGUGCAGACGGUGUUUGUGGGGUCGUGUGUGAGCACUCACCGUUCGAGGGCAUCGUUCUGGUGCAGUGCACUGAACACCUGCUGAAGAACAUACACUCCUGGAAGCAGAGCUCCGGUCGGAGCGCGUCUGAACUUCCUCAUCCACCCAGAUUACUGUGGAAAUGUUCCGCUCGGAUUCAUGACAUGCUGUCCUUUGCUGCGGAUCACCUGCAGAGACUCGUGAGGAAUCUCGACCUGAAUGUUUUCAUGUUUGCGGUUUAUGGGAAGGAGUUCAUCAAGCAGCAGAAGAUGAGUCCAGACGCGUUCAUACAGCUGGCUCUGCAGCUGGCCUUCUACAGGUGUCACAGAAGACUCGUGUCCACCUACGAGAGUGCUUCUCUCCGUCGCUUCCGGCAGGGACGUGUGGACAACAUCCGCUCCAGCACUCCUGAGGCACUGGCGUUCGUGAAGGCCAUGACAGACGGAGGAACAUCCGCUCAGGACUCAGAGAAGAUUGAGAAGCUGCGAGCAGCUGUAGAUGCUCAGAGAAAAAUCACAGUUCUGGCCAUCACGGGGAUGGGGACAGACAAUCACUUACUAGGACUUCGUGAAAUUGCCAAGGAGAUGAAAAUGGAAAUACCAGACAUUUUCUCUGAUGAAACGUAUCAUAUCAGUAACCACUUCAUCCUGUCAACCAGUCAGCUUCAGAGAGAGUAA